AUGUCAGUGACAAGAUCGCCACCAUGGAUGAUCUCCCAGAUUUCGAUGCGGAAUCAGACAAGUAGUCUUCUGGACUUCCAACCGGAAAUAGAUAAGCCUCUUACGGACAAGAACAUUUUCUUUAUCGACACAUCGGGUAUUACGAAAAGAGAUUUAGCGCUGAAAAGUCGUCAAGGCUGUGCAGUCGAGUCUGCCGCUAGAAGGAAUCCAAAUAUGACCGUGUACCUGCUGCUCGUCUCCCGUUCGAAAGUUCCGAAUCAAUCGACGAAGUUCUUUGAUCAGCUGGAAAGUUAUCCAAAUGUUCGAAUCAGACUCGUCUAUUUAGACAAAUACAUGGAAAACACGCCGCUGGAAAAGUGGUACAAAAGAGGCGCGUUGAAGGAGAGUCAAUGGCCUACGUCCAGGUACCUAACGCUAUGGAAAUAUGGAGGAAUAUACUUGGACCUAGAUGUCGGUAUCAUCAAUUGUUUAGAAAAAUUAACAAAUUUUGCCGGCGCCGAAGACUGGAAAACUAUGGCUGCCGGUGCUGUGGGGUUUGACGGCUCGGAGCUGGGUCGACGUAUGGCCGAUAGCUGUAUUCAGGAUAUAAAGACGAAUUUCCGUGGCGAUAUCUGGGGUAAUAAUGGCCCUGGAGUAAUUACGAGAGAGUUACAAAAUCUUUGUUCCACGAAAUAUAUUCGAAAGAUGACCACUGUGCGGUGUCAUGGUUUUAAAGUUUUUUCCCCGUCGGUCUUUUAUCCAAUUCAUUACGAGAAGUGGAAGAUGUACUUUGAGAGCCAAGACAAGAACUCGACGAUGGAGUUGGUGAAGAAAGCACGGGCUAUUCACGUGUGGAACAAGCUCAGUAGGUACGAAGAAGUUCGCGUGGUCAGCGACGUUCCAUACGCGAUCGUCGCAAGGAAACAUCGUCCGAAAAUCUUCAACAAUUGUGGAAAAGUAUUUUAA